AUUUAAAAGUAAAAAAUAAUAAUAAAACAAUAGGGAAGUCAUUCCAAUCAAUUUGAAUAAGUUGAGAGAGGGAGAUGAGACCGCAAAUAGUGCUGUUCGGAGAUUCAAUUACCGAGCAAUCUUUCCGAUCAGAUGGUUGGGGCGCUGCUCUUGCUGACACUUAUUCCCGCAAGGCUGAUGUGUUAGUUCGUGGCUAUGGCGGUUACAACACUCGAUGGGCCUUGUUCUUGUUGCAUCACAUUUUCCCUAUUGGUUUAAGUAAACCUCCAGCUGCUGUUACUAUAUUCUUUGGUGCUAAUGAUGCUGCUGUUAAGGGGAGAACUAGUGAUAGGCAGCAUGUUCUUGUUGAUGAAUACACGGAUAAUUUGCGGAAAAUUGUUCGACAUUUGAAGGAGUGUUCACCUACCAUGCUAAUUGUGCUCAUCACUCCACCUCCAAUUGAUGAAGAAGGGCGUUUUGAAUUUGCGAGGUCUUUAUAUGGUGAGCAAGCUAUGGAACUUCCGGAAAGGACAAAUGAAAUGGCAGGAGUUUAUGCUAGGCAGUGUGUUGAGUUAGCAAAGGAACUACGUGUCUGCUCAAUUAAUUUAUGGUCUAAGAUGCAAGAAACAGAGAGUUGGCAGAAAAAGUUUCUGAGAGAUGGAUUGCACCUGACAUCAGAAGGUAACGCAGUGGUCAGUCGAGAAGUUAUAAGAGUAUUCAGCGAAGCAUGGGUCUCUGCGGCAGAAAUGCCAUUUGAUUUUCCUCACCACUCAGAAAUUGACGGAAAGAACCCCGAAAAAGCUUUUCAACAGCAAUGCCCUAUAGCUUAAGCUUUUGAUCGGAUCAAAGUCUUGAAUUUCUUGAUGUUCCCUCAAAUCAUUUGAGAAUUGUAGCUUUGGUAGUAAUUGAACUUCAUACAGGCAUUUGAUGAGGAACACUUGGUAAUACUACCGUAUCAUACAAGCUAUUGUAAUAGGGUUUCUUUUUGCAAUUUAAAGCUAUUAGAUUCAAAACUUGUCAAUUGUUUUUGGCCAUUAUGAACAUCUAAGUCCUGAGUUAAUGAUAUUAAAGCACACCUGAUAGUAAAUGGGAGUGUUUGGCGUUA